AAAAUUAUUUGUAUUUCCCAUUUCCAAACAGAGACCCUUUUUAACAAAAAAAAAAAAAUAUAUCACUAUGGCCCAUAUCCUCAACACCCAACAUCUCCUCACAGCCUCCGGGAAAAAACGAAACGACCGCGAUGACGAAGACGGAGUCUCCACCGUUGCAAAGAAAUCUUCACUGAUGGCAUGUGAAGCUGACCCCGCUGUGGCGCUGGCAAGCAUCCGACACGAAUUCGGGGAGCACGGCGGAGUGAACAUGUCCAUCGAGGCCUCCGCCACCUUUACGGUCAUGGAACCGGACACCAUGAGGCGGAUGUUCGCCGGAGAACUUGGACCGGAAAAUGACUUCUUCGUAUACAGCCGACACUUCAACCCCACCGUGCUCAACCUCAGCCGCCAGAUGGCUGCUCUCGAAGGCACCCAAGCUGCCUAUUGUACCUCAAGCGGUAUGGCGGCGAUUUCGUCGGUGCUGCUGCAACUAUGCAGCAGUGGUGGACACGUGGUGGCUUCAAAGACGCUCUAUGGAGGAACACACGCUUUGCUCUCUCAUUUCUUGCCACGGACCUGCAACAUAACCACGUCCUUCGUGAACAUAACGGACCAUGGCGCGGUGGCAGACGCGAUCGUCGAGGGUAAAACACAAGUCCUCUAUUUUGAGUCGAUGGCCAACCCGACGCUGACUGUGGCCGACAUACCUGAGUUGAGCCGUAUAGCACACGAGAAGGGCGUGAUGGUGGUGGUGGACAAUACCUUUACCCCCAUGGUGCUGUCUCCGGCCAAGUUUGGAGCAGAUGUGGUGGUUCACAGUAUCUCCAAGUUCAUUAGUGGUGGGGCCGACAUCAUCGCAGGGGCCGCGUGUGGGAGCGAGAAGCUGGUGAAAGGGAUGAUGGAUCUGCGUGGCGGGUCUCUGAUGCUGCUGGGUCCUACCAUGAACGCCAAGGUGGCCUUUGAGCUCUCUGAGCGAAUCCCUCACUUGGGCCUCCGCAUGAAAGAGCACAGCCGCAGGGCCCAAGUGUAUGCAGAAAGAAUGAGGGAGCUGGGGAUGAAAGUUAUAUACCCGGGCCUCACGGACCACCCGCAGCACAAGGUGGCUACAGAAAUGGUGAACCAAGAGUACGGAUACGGAGGGUUGUUGUCAAUUGACAUGGAGACGGAGGAAAGAGCCAACAAGCUCAUGACGUAUCUCCAAAACGCCACCCAGUUCGGACUCAUGGCCGUCAGUUUGGGUUACUACGAAACUCUCAUGUCUUGCUCCGGUAGCAGCACCAGCAGCGAGCUCGACCCCUCCCAGAAAGCAGCCGCAGGUAUCUCUCCUGGCCUUAUACGAAUGUCUGUGGGGUAUGCGGGUACACUGGAGCAGAAGUGGACACAAUUCGAGAAGGCUUUCAUCAGAAUGUAAUGUCUUCUAUCAUGUCUAUUGUAGCCAACGUUUUCUAUCUAUGUAUGGUUUACUAUAUUUUUGGCGUAUUUAUUUC